AUGACAUUAGUUAUACACACGUCUAUUUAUGCGAUACACAGAUCGACGUUAACAGUAUUUAUACGUGCAGACGAGCCUGUACCGGCAUCCGAAUCAAAGUCUCAACCGGUGGAGCCACAAAACGACCCGGAAGAACCUCCAGAGGGCUAUUAUGCCUUUGUUGAGUCACCAAACGCUACACCACCCAGGGUUCGUCCCCCACCAUAUAGACAAGUGGCAACGGAAUGUCCCGAAGCAACGGAGUCGAAGGCUCAUGUCAGUGCUAACAACCUCUGUGGAGACCUCAAUAGGGGCUUGAUACCACGAAAUCCCAUGGGACAGAACCCUAAUGGGGAGCCCUAUCCUUUUGAAUUGAUUCGGAACCACACGCUUCGCUACCUGUCUCGUACUCUGCCAGUGUUGAGGGCAGACGAUGCACUGCCUCGAGUUGCUCACCUCUCCGCUACAUCAGCCGCGCCCGCCGUUACCUCCACAACCAACACCGCUACAUAUGGCGCUGCUGCCGCUCUUCCACACUCGCUUCCAGAUGUUCAACACAAUAGAUUAGAAGAGCGAGGGAGAAAUGCGCGAGCGAUGACAGAUAAUGAGUGGGAUGUGCCAUCUAGCGAGCUUGAGAUGGAACACCGUAGCGAAACAGGACGGGAGAGCCGCAAGUUCUGUGAUGGCGGUGGAGUGUAA